GAGAAGGAGAGAGGGUGUGGAGGGAUAAACAAAGUAAUGAAGAUGUCUGUAUUCUCACCCAGUCGCUGUUGAAUGUUUUACAUUGUUGGCAGUAACUUGGCACACAAAAUUCGCUUAGUCAUUCAACUUUAAAACUUUCAUAAAAGUGAACAGCGCGUUUCGAUCACUUUAAAUUUUCAAAUGUCUCUUUCGGCCAAAACGGUAUUGGUGACAGGGGCGUCUCGAGGGCUUGGUCUCGAGUUCGUCAGGCAACUUUUAGCGCUGCCCAAGCCUCCAGAGGUUUUGAUAGCUGCAUGUCGAGAUCCUGAGAAAGCUGAAGACUUACAGAGCCUCGCCAAGUCCAACAGAGCUGUGAGAGUGGUCAAGUUGGACGUGGAGAAAGAUGAGGACAUCGAGAAGGCUGUGAAGGUAAUAUCAGGUUAUGUUGGUGAGAAAGGCUUAAACCUACUCAUCAAUAAUGCUGCUAUUUUAUCCAGGCAAAUACAAGGAGUUCUAACAGACGUGACGAGAACAAUCCUGCAGGAACAUUUUAAUGUCAAUGUCAGCAGCCCAGUCAUAUUGACCCAGAAGUUCCUACCUCUUCUACGGAAAGCUGCAUCGUUUUCUGGCACGAAAGAACUGAGCGCAAGCAAAGCUGCUGUCGUUAUGAUCUCCGCUAUUCUUGGUUCUCAAAGUUCUCAAGAUACUCUCCACCCUGGACAUAGUUUUAUGCCCUACAAGUUAUCUAAAACUGCAUUAAACAUGGCAACCGUUCUCGCUGCGAGAGAGUUGAGGUCUGAUGGCAUCCUUGUUACUGCUCUGCACCCUGGCUGGGUGAAGACAGACAUGGGCACAAGCGCGGCCCCUUUGACUGCAGAAGAGAGCAUCAAAGAUUGUCUUCAAGCGAUCGCUAAAGCCGGGGAGGAGAGUAACGGAAAAUUGAUUGAUUUCAAAGGAAACAUUUUGCCCUAUUAAAUAUUUCAUUGAUUCUUCUUCUCAUACUGGGUGUAUUUUUUUAAGAUGGUUUUAUCGCAGAAAUAAAAACUUUUAAAAUUAAAAUGUAAA